GCGCCCCUUCACUCACACAGGUACAUCCGUAGAUUCUGUUCCAACACAAACCUCUGGCGUACGUCGCGGAUUUGUUCGCCUUUUGACUGAUAAAUCUGCCAUCUUCAUCACCAAAUAAAUUCUGCUCCCUUGAAACGCCGCGCAAAAAAAGAGUACAACACGCGCGCAGAAGCAUCAUCGUCGUCGGUCAUCGGUCGGCUGGUCGUGUUUCGAAUUGUGAGUGAAGUACCAGCGCUGUACAACAUCCCCGUGCCGUGCCUGCUUAUCGACAAAAACCAACAAGUCAGCUGGGAGUUUCCUCCGCUCGCGUGCUAAUUGCGAUUGCCGUGCAAGCAAGAUCGAAGGUGAAGAAGCCUGUGGCUGCGGAAAUCGCUUCGUACCUGAUCGUGUAUCAAUCUCCACCUCCACCUCGCAUUAUCGUAACGUUUGCCCAGCGCCUUACAGGACACGGUUCCAUCGUGGUGAGACACGGUGGGAAAAGAAUUGCCUUAGUAAUCCCGUGCUAGCUAUACGUGUACCCCUCCCCCACCGUACGGAUCUGGAUGCGCCUUUCUGUUUUCGAUUAUUGCGUUGCAUCUUUUAGGUCGUUUGUUGGGAACAAGUUUUGACUGCUACCAUCCGCGGGCCGGGUCGAAACACGGAAGCGAAUUCGUCGCUUUUUGCGAAAAGAGUGUUUUGUGUGCCGCUUCUGCCAAGCGUUACAGAUCAACCUCCCCCCGACAUAUCGAUCAUCGUCCCCGUGUAGGGUGCGAACAAGUGCGCGGGUGUGCGAACGGAGUGUAUCGUCCAAUUCUAGAGCCAUCGAGGUGAAUCGAGCUGAAAAACAGCAAAUAUGACGUACAAGCAGCGAAAUGUGGCUAUGAUGGGGUACCGUUCCGUAGGAAAAUCUUCCCUCAGCAUACAGUUUGUCGAAGGCCAAUUCGUCGACUCGUACGAUCCUACCAUAGAAAAUACGUUCACGAAAAAAACCCGCAUCCACCAGACGGACUAUGAGAUCCGAUUAGUCGAUACGGCCGGACAGGACGAGUACAGCAUUUUCCCCGCCCAGUAUAGCAUGGAUUUCCACGGCUACGUGUUGGUCUACUCGAUCACCAGCCAGCGAUCGUUCGAGGUGAUAAAAAUCAUCUACGACAAGCUGCUGGACAUGAUGGGAAAGGCAUACGUCCCGGUGGUGCUGGUCGGCAACAAGACGGAUCUACAUCAGGAGCGGGCCGUGCCUACCGAGGAAGGCCGCAAGCUGGCUGAUUCGUGGAAAGCACAGUUCCUAGAAACUUCCGCUAAACAAAAUGAGUCCGUGACCGAUGUAUUUUCCCUGCUGAUUGCCCAGAUCGAACGAGAUAAUGGAAACACGAGCGAAAAGAACAGCUGUACCGUUUCGUGAACAGCUUGAUGGUAGUGUCCGAUCUUGCAUGCACCUCGUGUCGGUACGAAGGCCAGAGUGAUCACAAUAGCACGUUCCCGCGCAACAAAGGUAAUGGUGGGCAGGCAGGGUGGGAAGGUUCCUUUAGCCAAGGAAGUGUAUAGCGUGCGGUGGGCAGAUGGCUUCUUAACGGAAUGCAGGCUUUUUAUUUUAUUCAUCACAAUGCAAUCGGAAAACUUUUUUGGGCCAGGGUGAUAAAAGUGGAGAAAGAUUGUAUUGCCUUUCAACGAUGCAUCUGUCGGUUUUUAUAAUUCACUAUUU